AUGAAAGAAAAACACAGCCAAAGCAAAUUCAUGCGGGUCAUUAAAAUGCCCUUUAGAGUUCUGGGCAAAGCUAGGGAUUUUUAUGUUCGGAGCUUGACUGAAUACGCAACAAAGGGAAAUUACAGCAACUGCAUGGCCUUUCAAGGGGGACAAUUCGCUUCAUUGCCCAGGAGAUCUAACGAUAACGAAGACUACAGAGAGCUCAUCAGGGCUGCUUCUGUGAGAAUCAUGGGCCACGAAAAUGAAUUGGAGUUGUUGACACACCAAUAUUUUCUGCAGUCAGCUGCUAUUAGAUCUGAAGAGUGUCCCAAGAGUAGCAGUUUUGGGGUGAGAGUCAUGGGAAGAAUUGAAGAGGAAUCCAGUGAUUUAGAAGACAGUGUUGAUGGCAGCAAGUCAGAUUCCAAUAAGUUCCCCAGAAGCAGAAGCGUUGCUGUAAAUUAA